AUGCUUUUUCUCUUACUAAUAUUCAUCCUUCCCAUUUCUUUGGCCGACUAUACCUACUAUUAUGAAAAACGUGAGUAGAUGAACAACACUUGUUGGUAAAAAAAUUUAGCUCAUUACGUGACUCCAUUCUUCACUGUCAAAAUUGGCAAUGACAGCCAAGAUGUGAACGUCCACUUUGAUUUAAUCCGUCCGUUCUCCUAUGUCUUCUCUGACAAGUGUAAGAUGCACAGUAGAUGUGACUGGCAUCUACAUUACUACAUUUACAAUUCAACAAAGACCGGGGGAAUGCCACUGCGAUCUUCUUUUAUCGACAAUUUCCAUUCCGAUGCCUUAUAUUUGAAGGGCCAUUACUUUGCGGAUUCUCUCAAUUUCGGCGAAAUUAAAUUGCCUCUGGCAUUAGGAGUUGUUGAUGAAGGAAAUGGCGGAGUCAAUGAGCUGGAUGGAGUGAUUGGACUUGGAUUUGAUCAGAAAAAUAAUAGUAUUGUGAAGAAAUUGAUGAAGAAAUUGAGUGUGAAACAAAUCACAGUUCAAGAAGGACAUAACAACUUGCAGAGGGUGAGACAUUAAUUAGCAUCAUGCAUGCUGAUUAUAAUUCCAGCCAGGAAAGCCAUUGAACAGCUACUCCAAUGGAAGUAUUACCUUUGGAAAAUACCAUAGCAAUGACUGCGGAGAGUUUGCGUUCAUGAACGCGAUGAAUAAUUAUAGCUGGAUGUUUGUUGCAGAGUAAGUUCAGGCUUCUCGAAAGCUACAAAGGCUAUUUUAGUGUCCGGGUCGGAAACAGAACCCUGAAGAACCAAAAAAUUGCAUUUAACUUUGGCCGACGGACUCUGAUACCAACCCACAUUUUCAAAAGAUAUUUCCCUUCGUUGGAAAGCGAUUCAGAAGAAACGUUUCCGCAAUUUGCCUUCACAGCAUUUGGAAAAGAAUAUAAAACAACAAAAGAGGACUACUCUUACUAUGUUCCACAUGUAAGCAAUGUACCACCAUCUUGUAGCAAAACAUUGCUCACAUUUUCAGACCAAAGGUUAUAUGCAAUUGUUGGGAUCGGUCAGUCACCAGCCCUACGAUUUUGCAUUUGGUAGCGAUUUUCUGCAAAAUUAUUGCUUGGCGCUCAAAGAGGAUGACAAUGGGUCGCUGAGGAUUGGGUUGGCCGAGAAUAUCGCUUCGAAGAAAGCAAGAGGGUGGUAA